AUGGGGACUGGGCUGUGCACCAGGAGGCAAAAGGGCCUCUUGCAAACUGGGUUUUGCCUAGUGGCCGUGGCCUGCCUGGCAUCCGGAGCUUUCCUGUACAACCACCUCCAGCAGAAGGUGAAGUCCGCAGAAGCCUUGGCUUUGAAAUACAAGCAGCAACAGGAGGUGCUUUCGGCUCAAUUGCAAGGUGAGAAGGGGUCUUGGCUUGCUUCGUUCGCGAUUGCGUUUCCUGCUGGUCUGUUAGGGCAGAUGGGUGCUGCCCUACCAACCUCAGUCUGCCCGCAGCCAGGUCUCCCUGGCCUGUCUUCUUCCUUCCAUCCAGUCCAGGGGGUGGCCCUGCCUACCAGCUUCCUCCUCCUUAGGCUCAGUGGUGCCCCUUGUGGGACUCGGCAGGGAAGAGGAUGGGGACGAAACUAGAAUUAGUUGGCUCUGGUCCUUUCCCAUCAUGUGCAGCACACAUGCAUACAAUUUAAUAUCUAAAGCAACUGGUCUAUGCAGUCCAGGGGAACAGAGCCUGGGGGGCCUCCAGAUCUACUCCUGAACAUCAGCUGGGGCUGGGAGUUGGAAUUCAAGAACAUCUGGAAAACCACAGGCUGUCUAUUUCUGGUUAGUCCUGCAGAAGCUAGUCUGAGGUCACUGGGUGCUUGGUGUUGUUUUUAUUGUUUAUUAAUUCAUGUGCCAUUUUUAGGCCAAAAUGGCUUCUACAACAAUAAAAUACACACAUAAUUAAAGCAUGCAAUAAAACAAGUCCACAUAAACCUUAAAAACACUCCUAAUUUAAAAUUACACAAGCCAUGACAAUUGCAUAAAAAGCAUGACAAUGAAAACGGCUAAAACAACAAGAUCAGAAGUUCCAGUUCAAGGGAUUGCUUUCCUAGACAGGUGUGUCUUCAGGAGCCGGCAGAAUGCCAAUACUGAUGGGAUCUCUUGCAUUUCAGCAGGGAGGGUGUUCUGCAACAGUGGUGCCACCACUAAACAAGCCUGCCUCUUCGUCUCAACCAGGUCACAUUUGCUGAUCACAGUGCCCUCACUGAACAGUGGAAGGGAGCAUGGUUUUUUAGGGAACCCAGUCCAGAUUUAUUUAAGGCUUUGCAUGUAAAUAGCAGAACCUUAAAACUGACUUGGUGGCUAUCAGGCAGCCAGUGCAGAUUCCUCUUUCCUGUUUUGUGUCCCACCUUGUGGUGCUCAGAAGUGUCUGUAUACAUCUAUGGUAGGGAACCUGUGGACCCACAGAUGUUGGACUCCAUCUCCCAUCAGCCACAGCCAGCAAGGCCUGUCCUUAGGAUGCUGGGAGCUGUCACCCAGCAACAUCUGCAGGACCACAGGUUCCCCAGCUGUGGUGGACCUGGAAGCUCCAUCAAACGAUCAUCAUGCCUCUUCACUGAUAGACCUUCCCUACAUGGGUGUGUCUAACCGUUGGUGGUGGGUAAGCUUUGAGCUAUCUAAGUUUACCAUCAUAUUUGGUGACAAACUUAGUGCAUCUAGAUGAUUUUAGAUUCCAGGGUUAAUAGUCUUAGGCUGCGGUCAAAGGGCAGUUGAUACCAUUUGCCCAGCUGCUGAUUUCCGCAUCACACCUGAGCUUUCGCAAGACAUAAAACCUACUUCCAGAAAUAUAGCAGAAAGUUGCGUGACUGGCACUUGUUUCCAAGUUACUUUUUCCUGGAAGCAAAUACUGUAUUUUUUGCUCUAUAAGACUCACUUUUCCCUCCUAAAAAGUAAGGGGAAAUGUGUGUGCGUCUUAUGGAGCGAAUGCAGGCUGCGCAGCUAUCCCAGAAGCCAGAACAGCAAGAGGGAUUGCUGCUUUCACUGCACAGUGACCCCUCUUGCUGUUCUGGCUUCUGAGAUUCAGAAUAUUUUUUUUCUUGUUUUCAUCCUCUAAAAACUAGGUGCGUCUUGUGGUCUGGUGCGUCUUAUAGAGCAAAAAAUACGGUAAUAUGGAACCAAGCACUAAACUUGGGCUCCACUCUGAUGCCUUAGAGGUCAUUGGUGGGUUUGGCUGCCCAGCAGGGAAACGCCAAAGGAAAACAUUAGGGAAGAACCGCGAGGAGGGCGGGAAAUGCCACUGGAAUGACCCAGGCGCCAUAGACUUCCCCUGUUAUUUCUGUUCAUGAUACCAGACUCAUUGAAUGACUAUUGGCCAUGCCACCUGGGGGCUGUUGGGAGUUGUAUGCCAUCCAGAACUUCUGGAGUGCACCAGGUCAGGGAAAUCCAAUUUAGGAGGAUUGCUCAUUAUGCUCUUCAGGGUUUGAAAGACCAGGCCUUUUGCUGCUUGAAAAACCUGAGGUCACCAGGGAUGCAGAAUCACAACACAGACAACACACAGCGUUGCUGUUCUGCUGAUGUCAGCUCCAGAGCUUGCCCCCUGGGAUCAAAAGGCAAAUAGCUUCUCCUGGCACCAUGCGCUGGCUAUUAGUCUGGAAGGACCAGCUGGGGAGUUCAGGAAGGAGCUUUAAACAUACCAGAAGUAGCAGCAGCACACUGUUUGUUUUUCAUUAUCUCUUCCCUGCCUCCAACUCGCAUGCAGGCAUUCUUCAGAAACUUGCAGUUACUGAACUCGGAGCUCAUGUCCAAUGGAGGGACAUUCUUAUGUUAUAGCAAAAUGUCCCCUCCUCGCUGCUCCCGGAUUGACGGGUAACUGGUGGUCUCUGGGACUGGAUCCAGCUGCUUGGCAGAUUCCGCCCUUCCUGCCUGCCUCUUGGCAGGGUCCUCAUCCAGGCCUGAUCAAACGUUUGGCAACAGUUUUGCUGGUGUGGGAAAGGGAAGGCGGGGAUUGAUUUCUGAUUUCUGCAAGGAAUAUGCCGUAUUGGCCUGAAUAUAAGCCGCACCCGAAUAUAAGCAGCACCUUUAACAUUGCCGGCUGCCUUUUCUCUUCCUCGCUCUCUCCCUUCCUGGCCUUGGGGGAGAGGAUGGGGGACUAUGCAUGGGGCAGGUGUCAUCUUGCUGCGCUCCUGGCGCUGUUUGCCCCAGGCUCCUGGCUGCAUACCGUAAGGUCGCGAAUAUAAGCUGCUCUUUAACUUUUCACGGUUGGGAUUUGGGGGGAAAGUGAGGUUUAUAUUCAGGCCAACACAGUAUUCCACGCUUUGCUGUUUGGGGCUUGGAAGACUGGUUCCUUACUUACCUCCCCCCCCUCCCCCCUGGUUUUCAGGGCUGCCACUUCCUUUAAAAGCAAAGCAAGGUGCUGGUCCUCAUGAUUCUUAAUAAAGGGCAGGUAUAAAUAGGAACAUGGGACUGAUCUAAUCAGAUGCACUUGCGGAAGCCAGAGCAAGAGCUUUCGCCCAGUGCCUCUCCCCAUAUCCACUCUGGGGGGGUUGGGAGAACCCCAGGACAGCGUAUGGGGGGAAGAGGGGGGGAUAAUCCCAUCAGGGGAAGCAGAAGUGCUUGUGGGAAUGGAACAAUUAAUUUCACUGGGUCUACUCUGAGGAAGACUUAGUUGGGCAGAAGCCGGAAGGUUUUUUUUUACUGUGCCUGUAUCACAUUGCUUAUAGGUGAUAUUGUUUUGCUCCUGCAAUGGUUUCGGGAUGGGCAGGCUGUUUUGUUUCCAAUCCGUGCAUGUCCUGUAACUUCCUGGUGAUGUCCUGCCACUUUUCCAUGUCUCUCUCUCUCUCUCUCUCUCUGUGUGUGUGUGUGUGUGUUGCUGUCCCAUUUUUGUUGUGCAUUAGUGCAAGGGUUGCCCCUCCAGAUGAGAGCGAUUUGUGGCGGUCACAUUUAUUUUUUAAAUAUUUGUAUACUGCUGCGGCGUAACAAAUAAUAUCAUAGCGCUACCGUGAUAAAAAAUGUAAAACCAAAUGACAAAAACCAUUUAGAAAGUUAAAAACAAAAAGCAAUUAAACCAUAGUGGAAGGACGUAUUCUUAAUAGCCGGCAGAAGAGAAGGGUUUUCAGCAGCAGGCAUUUGGCACAGAAGGUGGCCACUGAAUUUCUUGCUAGCAGCAUAUUCCACAGGACUAGGCUGCUUGUAACAGUCUGACUGAGACGGCGUUUUUAAUGACAUGUUGCAGAUACACCCACCAAAAACCCAGGACCAAACAGCAGCCCGGAGAGAGACCCUUUGGUGUCCACAUUUGCUAAUUGUGGAGGGUUUCCUUCAGUUCUCUGGCUUCAACAGCUCUGAUUCCAACCGCCACCUUGGUGAUUGUUCCUGUAUUACUUUUCCCAGAAUACCUAGGGAAAUGCCUCCUUCUGGGCCAUUGCAGAGGGAAAAAAAACCCCCAACCCAAAUUCUGGCCCUUUCACCCAUGCCAGAUUGCUCCUUUGAAGGAAGGGCCAUAGCUUAGUGACAGAGCUCCUGCUUUGCAUUCAGAAGAUGCUGGGUGGUGUAGUGGUUAGAGUGUCACAUUAAGACGUGGGAGACCAGGGUUCAAGUUCCCACUCAGCCAGGUGACCUUGAGCUGGUCACUGCCUCUCAGCCUAACCUUCCUCGCAGAGUUGUUGUGGGGAUUCAGUGAGGGUGGGGAGGGAACCACACCCACCAGUUUGAGAGCCAGUGUGGUGUAGUGGUUAAGAGCGGUAGAUUCAUAAUCUAGGGAACCGGGUUCGCGUCUCCGCUCCUCCACAUGCAGCUGCUGGGUGACCUUGGGCCAGUCACACUUCUUUGAAGUCUCUCAGCCCCACUCACCUCACAGAGUGUUUGUUGUGGGGGAGGAAGGGAAAGGAGAUUGUUAGCCGCUUUGAGACUCCUUCGGGUAGUGAUAAAGCAGGAUAUCAAAUCCAAACUCCUCCUCUUCUUCCUUGGAGAAAAGGCUGGGGCAGAAAGGCAAUCCGUCAAUCAAUCCCUGGCAUCUCUAGAUAAGGCAGAGGUAAAGAGGCCUGAAAGCCUAGGGAGCUGCUGCCAGCCCGUGCUGACAGUACUGAGCUCCAUGGGCCAAAGGUCUGGCUUGGUGUAAGACAACUUCCUGCAUUCCUUUCCAGCCCUCCAUCUGAUAUCCAAAGGGUUUCUAAAUGUUUUUCCUGCAUGCUUUGCUUGGGGCCUGAAUGAGCUCUGGCAUUCUGGCCGAGCGCCAGUUCUGGUAAUUACGGCUAGAGAUGCCUGCUCUGCUUUCCCAGCUGGCUACACUUUUCUAGAAUAGAACUGCGGAGCAGGAGAGAGAGAGAGAGAGACCCUCAAAGGUCUUCUAAUCCCAUCGUCCAGACCAAGCUUGACGAAAAGCCCUGGCAGAGACGAGCUCGAAAAACGUUUGAGCUGCGGUUGGGGGCAAAAAUCUUAGAAGCAUGGAAGAAGAAAGAAGUAUAAAUGGUUUCUCUCUGUGUGUGCAUAAGUCACAUACGGAUAAAAUCUCCCUUGAAUAGCAAACUCGGCUGCUGAGUGCCAAUCAAAACAGAGCCAAAACAGGGCUGUUGAGAAAUAUAAGGGGAAUCUCAGCAGACUUGGGAGAAGAGUGAAAUUGAUAGAGGUACGAGACACCAGAUCGCAAACAGAUCUAAGGGUGCAAAAAAAAACCCCAACAACCCUCCCCGGCCUUUAAAAAACCCCCAGGAACACUGAAUAUUUUUAAUGCAAGCAGGGGGCAGGCAGAUCUGGAGGCAGGCAUGACUGGGGCACAUUUAAAGCCCAUGGCUUCCCCCCCAAAGGAUCCUGGGAUUCGUACUUUAGCCCUCACAGAGAAGCAGUUCUGAGCACCUUAACAAACUACAGCUCCCAGGAUUCUUUGGGGGAAGUCACAUGCUUGAAAUGUGUGCUGGGUUCCGCAGGUACCUGAAACAGUACCAUUUAUUCCAGGUCCUAUUGGGCAGCAUGCAAAGGAUAUACAGGCAUAUCUUAAAAGGCAAGGGCUUUUUAAAAUUGCAGAGGGCAUUCUCUCACACACACACACAUGCGCAAGAGGGAAUGAUUUUUCCCAGAGAGAUUGUUCCAUGACUGGGUUUAAUCCCCUUCUGUCAAACUCCCUUGACCGUCAUUGCCACAUCUUAACAGGAUGGGAACUGGCAUGUGCCCCACCCCCACCCCUGUGUGGCUCAGUGGCAGAGUGCCUGGUUUGCACACGGAAGGUCCCGGGUUCGAUCCCCUCCCACCUGAAAUCCUAAAGAGGUGCUGCCAGUCAGUGUAGACAACACUAGUCUGAAUGAACCAAGGGUUUGACUCAAUAUAAGGCAGCUUCCGAUGUUUCCUCGAAUUUUGAAUUGGUUCACUCCAGGGAUAGAUACAUCACCCCCUUUUUUUCCUUUUCUGAGUGUGUAAAUCAGCUCUUAGCUGGCUGGCAAAGUGUAUUCUCCCCCUCUCUUCCCUUAGAGAUCACUUCCAAAAUGGCAAACAGACAACAAGCGAGAGAGAGAGGAAUGUUCUUAAAUUCUGCGGAAAGCCUGCGGGAAUGGUUAUUUCUCCACGCUGAAGCCUGCUGGCACAUCUGCCUUGCUGGAAACGUUAACAAAGAGAAGAAGCUCUCUCUGCAAGUUAUUGCUCCUGGGGGAUUUUUUAAAGAGGCGUUUUAGUAGCUGCUCGUAAUGGCUGGAUGGGACAGCAGCCAGCUCAGCUCAUAGUUCUGCAGUUCUCUGCCUCUUGGAGCCUCCUGCCCCCUCCUCACAUCCUUAUUUUUGCUCUGUUCAGUCAUCUGUGUUGGUGCCUAGAAAGAUAGGGCAGUGUGGGGUAAUAGUCAGAGCAGGCGUGGGGUGAAAACUUAGGUCCCCCAGAUGUUGCUGAACUACAACUCCCAUCAGCCUUAGCUAGAAUAGCCAAUGGCCAGGGAAGAUGGGAGUUGUGGUUCAGCAAUGUCUGGAGGGGCAAAGGUUCCUCAUACUUGGUUUAGAGCAGCCUUUCUCAACCUGUGGGUCCCCGGAUGUUGUUGAACUACAACUCCCAUCACCCCUAGCUAGCAAGGCCAGAGCUCAGGGAUGAUGGGAGUUGUAGUCCAACAACGUCUGGGGACCCACAGGUUGAGAACCGCUGGUUUAGAGUGUUGGACUAGAACCCAGGAGAUCAGUCUCAGAUCCCCAGUCCAGCGGGGUGGUGUGGGGCCUGUCACUGACUCUGAGUCUAGUCAACCUCACAGGGUGUCGUGAUGAUAAGAGGGUGAUUCUGAGUAUAGGGCUGCCGUAUGUCCGGGAUUUCCCAGACAUAUCCAGGAUUCGUCCAUCGUAAAUAGCGUCCAGGCGGAAUUUCCGAAAAUCAGAAAACCUGGGCACAUGGCAGCCACCCAUGUUGGAAGUGUCGAUUUUUUGCUGAAUUUCCUUAAAAAUAGCUUAAAAACUUUGCCCCCAAAAAGCUCAACAACAUUUCCAGAUUUUUUACUUCUUGAAAUAUGGCAACCUUAUCUUGAGUAGGUCUAGCAUUGGCUACCACCCCUAGCAAUUGACAAAGCCCGUUGGGAAUUGAGUCCAGCCAUUUCCCUCUGCCUUGGAUCUAUCUAUUACUGCCGUGAUGGUGAAUCCGUGGACUGAUAGAUGUUGCUAGAAGUCAUUUCCCAUCAGCCUCAGCCAGCCUGGCCAGUAGUUAGGGUUGAUGGAAGUUGUAGUCCAGAGGCCUGCAGGCAGAGAGGAUGGGCUGUAUUUUUUUUCUAAUGGGUUUUGUAAAUUUCCAAUUUAUGCAUAUUAUUUAAGCCCCCUCCUGUUAUCGUGUUUUCCGAUUGCAAGCUAAUAUACACGUCGCUUAUAUGAGGGGAACAAUACUUCCCAGCAGUCAAGUCGUCAUCCUUUUCCAGAUAAUUUUCCUACCAUCAAUAUCAUAUUCUUUAUGCAAUUUAAACCAGGGGUUGGGGGACUUGUUUGGCCCAGAGGGUCAGAUCUUUAUCUCCCCAUGCCAUGGGCCAACUUUGGCAACUGGGCGGGCCCCCACCUCUCAAUCAUCACCUCAUGUCAUGAUGAUGCUGGCUGACUGAGAGUUGGGCAGUCCCCGCCCCCCUGUCAAAGUUGACUGCGGUGGUUAGUGAAGCACCACAUAGGAGGAUUGAACUUUCCACUCACGAGCUGAUAAGCAGAGGGUUCAAUCCUGCUGGCUCAAGGGGUCUGCUUCAUUGGCACAUUCAGCAGUAUUGAACAGUAUUAUCAUUUAUUAUUAUUAUUAUUAUUAUUAUUAUUAUUAUUAUUAUUACCCCUCCCAUCUGGCUGGGUUUCCCCAGCCACUCUGGGUAGCUUCCAACAGAAUAAUAAUAAUAAUAAUAAUAAUAGUGAUAAAAGAUCAAACAUUAAAAACUUCCCUAAACUGGGCUGCCUUCUGAUGUCUUCUAAAAGUCAGAUAGUUGUUUAUUUCCUUGACAUCUGAUGGGAGGGACUUCCACAGGGCUGGCAUCAUUACUGAGAAGGCCCUCUGCCUGGUUCCCUGUAAUCUCACUUCUCACAGGGAGCGAACCGCCAGAAGGCUCUCAGAGCUGGACCUCAGUGUCCGGGCAGAACGAUGGGGGUGCAGACGCUCCUUCAGGUAUACUGGGCCGAGGCUGUUUAUGGCUUUAAAGGUCAGCACCAGCACUUUAAACUGUGCUUGGAAACGUGCUGGGAGCCAAUGUAGGUAUUUCAGGACCAGUGUUAUAUGGUCUCAGCGGCCACUCCCAGUCACCAGUUUAGCUGCCGUAUUCUGGAUUAGUUGUAGUUUCCGGGUCACCUGCAAAGGUAGCCCCACAUGGAGCGCAUUGCAGUAGUCCAAGUGGGAAAUAACCAGAGCAUGUACCACUCUGGCGAGACAGUCCACGGGCAGGUAGGGUCUCAGCCUGCAUACCAGAUGGAGCUGGUAGACAGCUGCCCUGGACACAGAAUUGACCUGCACCUCCAUGGACAGCUGUGAGUCCAAGAUGACUCCCAGGCUGUGCACCUGGUCCUUCAGGGACACAGUUACCCCCUUCAGGACCAGGGAGUCCUCCACACCUGCCCACCCCAGCAGUAUUGAACUCCACCAUGGGGAUGCACAGGCAGGUGUGGUUUGGGAAAACUGGUCUCCAGGCUGGAGGUUUCCCACCCGCUAGCCCAAAAAGCCACUGUCAGCGAACUAUUACCCUCCUCUUCUGCAUUGGAUUAGGGUUCUGUUGCUGGAAAGAUCAUCUUGGAUAAACUGGCUAGCCAAACAGACAAUGUCAUCGCUGUGCCUUUUCAAGAUCUAGCCUAGAAGUGCUCCAAAACUUUUCAGCUUACACCCACCCCAGUUAAAAGCAAAAAUAUAUUUUGGAGCUUCAGCCUUCCAUGGAGAAUAUUUGGUAACAACAACCUCCUGCUGCAUUUCACCACCUGCGAUUACAGUGGGAAAUUUCAGGUGUAGCUGUGGAUCCUGCCCACUAUGUUUUAAUCUAGUGGAAGGGAGCAAUGGGCUCAGACCUCGGCUUCUCCUAGUGUUCCUCUCUAUCCUUGUGGCUUCCUUCAGUCCAGGAGUCUUAACUCUAAACUAGCAAGAGUGUUUGUUGCAUCAAAUAUUAUAGAGGCCAAAAUUUCUCACUAGAGUUAAUUCCUCAGAAUUUCCUCCCCCCCCCGACUUUUCAAAAAUUAAACACCCUUUGCACAUUUCACUGACCCCCACCCAAAUCUCUGUGACUCUUUUUUUAAGCUGUACAUAGAAGAGAAUACUCUGAGAGGAAACCCUGGGAGUGAUUUCAGCUUAGCUUUAGAGUCUAACUAUCUUUACAUUGAAGGAGAGUUUGUGAGAUCCAGAGAGGAGAGUGAAAGGCAGGCGGUUAUAUCAUGCGGACGGUUCGUUGGGCGUAAGAAAUCUUUAGUGUGAGCUGGGAUAAAUUCUCAGAGGACUUGUUCAUAUCCUGUCACGUUGUGCCUGGCGAGACUCUGUGGUAUGCGGCUCAAAAUACAUCCUUCCUUGCAAGGCAGGUCCGUUCUGAGGCACCUCUGAGGGGGCAGAAACAAAUAUAUACCUCUCUCCUAUUUGGGGCGCAGAUAGGUGGACAGACAGAAAAAGGACAGUGGUGAUUCCCCACCCUCAAAUCCUAGAGGGUGACAUUACAGAAAGUGCCCUCAGGCACACGUGAAAUUGGUGGGAUAUGCAUGUGUGGUGGAUUGCAAAAAAGCCACAGAAUUUGGCUGCGAUAAAGGCAACUUCCUGAGAAUCUCAGCUUCCGCAUUAUAAACGGCGCAGGUUCCUAGUCCUUAGCGUACUGCUGCUUCCGCUUUGUGCCUGCCCUUCGUACCUGUUCCCUUCAAUCAUGUAUAUAUGCCUUCCUUGAUCCAGUUUUGCAACCCAAAAUAUGCAUCUCCCUUGUUGCCACUUUGAACUCCAGAAUACGGGUGCAAGUGCAGGGUAUAGCUGUCAGUUGGAUCACCAUAGAAAUGCGUCCGCCUCUCCCCCAUGUAACUUAGUCCAAAACAGAGCUCUGUGUCUUACCGCCCAAAUCCAUCGAGGCUUCAUCAGAGAACGAGAUCCUUGGGCUUCGCAUUUCCCCACCCCCCUCACCAGAAAGCCCGCUGCUUAGUAGGGUUCCAAGUGCCUUUAAAAGUGCAUUAAAAGUCAUUGUUAAACAUCCAUGAAGGUUGAAAGGGAUGCCUGGAGGUCCUUUUCACUCAGCAGCGAGAAAUCAACUGGAGCCUUGUACUUGUUCUUUCUUGAUCAAAGAAAGAAAGAAAAAAGGAGAGGGAGAGAGAAGGAACUCAUCUGUCACAUCAAAUGCAGAUUUUAAACUAUUUUUGUUCAUAUUUUGCCCCCCCCCCUUCCUCUAGCAAGCUAGGUUUGGCUUGUUUGCCUCCAUCAUGCUGAGUGUUCUUGUAUUUCCUGGGCUUCUGGCUGUGAUUUUUGUGGGGGGGGGGCAGGGUGCAGGUGGGGGGCAGGGAGACACACAAUGUGCUUGCCUUGAGACAUUUAUGACCUGAAAGAAUGCCAUUUUGGUUGGAUGUGUCGUGAGCAACGCUUAUUCCUCCCCACCCUCCCCUCUUUAAAUGAAUAAAUAAAGUAGUAUAUUGUUUCGCUCUUUCUUUGAAUGGCAGGAAGAUCAGGGCAGCCUUUGAAUAUGGGGACCCUCCAGAAUGACCCUGUACCCCAGUGUGUUGGCUGCAAUGUGUCAUAGCCGCAACAAUAGUGCAUCAAUGGUUGAUUUAUACCAGGCCGUCCGCACGUCAUUCUGCUCUGUUAGUUGUUCUGCUGUGCUUUCCCAGUGUUACCACAUGAGGGGCAACUUUAGAGCUAUAAUGCAACAAAAUCGGGAUGGAAAAAUAAAACAAGGAACAUUUACAACGUUUACAGACUAGAAGCAAAGGGAAGGUUAUCCACGAUCUCAGGAACCGCCACACAAAAAUACGGUUACGAUAUCCCAGUGAGUUGUCAAAUGCCUAGUGAACAAACAACUACAGUGGUACCUCUGGUUACGUACUUAAUUCGUUCCGGAGGUCCGUUCUUAACCUGAAACUGUUCUUAACCUGAAGCACCACUUUAGCUAAUGGGGUCUCCUGCUGCUGUCGUGCCACUGCUGCGUAAUUUCUGUUCUCAUCCUGAAGCAAAGUUCUUAACCCGAGGUACUAUUUCUGGGUUAGGGGAGUCUGUAACCUGAAGCGUAUGUAACCCAAGGUACCACUGUAUUUAAAAUAUAUAGUAGAUAAAGCGGAGGAAAUGGCAGUAUAAAUAACACAGAGACACCAAGCAGGCUUGUUCCAUAUGCAUCCUUUAUGCUGACAACCUGAGCUUUGGCACAGAACCCAGGUUUAUUUAUUUGUUUUUAAAUCCUCGUCUGAAAAUCACUUGGGUAGAGGGCGGGUGUUGCGAAGUUUUGCUGCUUCAUAUUUGUUUUUCUUUCCUUCUCCUCCUCCUCAGUUGUUUACGAACACAGAUCACGGCUAGAACGAUCCUUGCAGAAAGAACGAGGGGAACACAAGAAAACAAAAGAAGGUAAGGUUGUGGGGUUUUUGCCUGAAGUAAAUUUGAAGAGGCGUUUGCUCAAAACAGCAGAAUACGCUGCUUGGGAAAGGGCCUUUUCAGUGGCUGCUCCCAAACGUUGGAACUCCUCCCUCAGGAAGCUAGAUUGGCUCCCUCCUUGUCUUUCCGCCGGCAGGUGAAGAGUCUUCUUGUUCCAACAGGCUUUGGGGAACUGCCUGCUUUUAAUGAAAGGCUUGGCACUGUUUUUAUUGUAAUUAUCAGUAUGGUUCUAAUAGAUGUGUGUGUUUGUGUGUUUUAAUUCAAUCAGUGGUUAAUUGUUUUUUAAGUGAAAAUCUGAAAAAAAUUGUUGAGGUUUUUUUUUUGGGAAGAAAAUUACAUUUCCCGGACGUAUGGCAGCCCUAGCAAAAUGGAUGCUGUAGCACUAAGCUAUGAGCCUUGUCAGGAACAUGGAUGUUCCCCAUGCUGAGUCUGACCAUUGUCCCAUGCUAAGGUUUCCUCUUGUCCUGUAUAAUACAGGAUUGUCCCGUGUUUCAGUGUAAAAUGCUAUGUCCUGUAUUGAUUCAGUACAGGACACAGUUUGUCCUGUAUUUCCGUUUUGCUGAUUCUCUCUCUCUGUCUCUCUCCCAUACCUUCCAACACUUUGAAGUCAAAAUCCAGAAAGCCAUCUUGCCGUUUUUGCCGUGAGAGCAAGGUGGCCAUUUUGGUUGUCAUGAGCAUCUUGCUUCCUCAGUCCAAAAAAGCACUUUUUCACACACAGCACCCCCAAAUGCAUGUUUGGGGGCACUGCACGAAAUUGCAGCCCUGAAAAUUUUGGGGGAGGGGGAAUUUCACCUCGAAAUCGUGCGAGAUCGUGGCAAACAAAAUGGCCACCGUGCUCUCACAAUAAAAAACAGGGUGUUCUGGUUUGGGACACUUAAUGGAGUAUGCAAUAUCCCCACCAUGUCCUGUAUUUUGCCAGAUCAAAGUUGGCAACCCAUCUAGCUCAGUAUUGUCCGCACAGACAGGCAGGAGGGAUCGAACCUGGAACCUCCUGUGUGCCGUUCAAAGGCUGCAUCACUGAGCUACCAUCAUUUCCUCUGUUGCAGCCUUCAUUCCCAGACCUCUGGGGUUUUGUCCUGGUGCCCCAGCACUCAGCCGCAUUGCCCUGCUAGAAAAGAAAUAAGCAUUUAUUAAAAGGCUGACUCGACUCUUGUGUCUCAGAGCUUUUGCAAAAGAUCAAUAUAGCAGUUGUUCUUCUUGGGAGCGUUUCUGAGAGGGCUGCAAGUGAUCUCUAAUUAUCUUGGAUAAAGAUGUGGCCUUCUGUGCUGUGUGCGCUGGGUGGCUAAUCGCCACUUGAUGAUUGGAGGAGAAGUUGCGAAGGAUUUUUGGUUGUAAUUGAGGGGUUUUAGACAGCAGGGAUGGGGAAUCUUGUACUAGAACUCCCAGCAUCCCAGGCUAUCAGUCAUGCUGGAUUAUACAGCAUUGUAUAGUCUUCUUCUUCUUCUUAGACUAGAAUUCCGCUAGGCUGCCUAAUAUAUAUGUGUGUUUGCUGUGUGUGUGUGAGUACAAACAAUUGUUGUUAUUGUCAGCAACACAGAGUGUUUCCACUGGUGCUCCUUUCAGACACGGGUUCCACUUUGAAUUCUUUUCUCAAAUACGAUGGAGGAUAGGCUUCUGCGUUUUUAAACUUUGGAUUUCUAGUUAGUUGCUUUUGCAGGGACUUCUUAAAAAAAAAAAAAUUAAUAGUGGGCACAUUCCUUCCUAUUAGGUUCACAGGCUUUUAAACAGCUUCCUCCUUCAAAUGUAAACCAGAUUCUAGUAAAUUCCGUCUCACUAAUUUCCCUGAUUGUUCUCUCUCUUAAAUCCCUCAGAUUUUUUAGUCUACAAGUUGGAAGCUCAAGAAGCCCUCAACAAAGAAAAGGUGGGUGAAAUUAGAUUCCUCUGUGGGUGUGAGAGGGAGGUGGGGUGGGGAGGGGUAGAAGGGGAUGAGAGGGAGGGAAAGGGAGGGGGAGAGGUAAAAGGGGGGAGGGAGAGGGAAGGGAGAGACAGGGUGGAGACAGAAGGGAUGAGAGAGGGUUGGGGGAAUAAGAGAGGGAGGGGUGAAAGGGAGGGGGAAGGGGGCACACACAUAAAAAGGAAAAAAGGAAUAAUAUCCUUUAUCAAUAUGAUUGAUCCUUUAAAAAUAAUAUUUACUAUCCUUUAUUAAUAAUAUUCACUGUACAUGGUUUUUUGUUGCCCUGGAAUAUAUAUAUAUAUAUAUAUAUAUAUAUAUAUAUAUAUAUAUAUGUAAAGGGAUCCCUGACCGUUAGGUCCAGUCGCAGAUGACUCUGGGGUUGCGGCGCUCAUCUCGCUUUACUGGUCGAGGGAGCUGGUGUACAGCUUCUGGGUCAUGUGGCCAGCAUGACUAAGCCGCUUCUGGAAAACCAGAGCAGUGCACGGAAACGCCGUUUACCUUCCCGCUGGAGCGGUACCUAUUUAUCUACUUGCACUUCAUGCUUUCGAACUGCUAGGUUGGCAGGAGCAGGGACCAAGCAACGGAAGUUCACCCCGUCGCGGAGAUUUGAACUGCCUACCUUCUGAUCGGCAAGCCCUAGGCUUUGUGGUUUAACCCACAGCACCACUCACGUCCCUUGCACACACACACACACACACACACACACACACAUUUUCUGAUUUACAUUUCAAAAUAUUCAUUUAAACAACCUUAAAUCAAUGACUUCCCUUCUUCUCUUUCUGUGGUUCAUUUUGCAUGCCACACAUCCCUGCAUAUUUUAAAAGCCAUUCAGUAAACCAUUGUUUACGUCCAUCAGAACUUAUUUACACUGUUGAAUUUAUCUGAAUGCUACCAGCAUUUUUAAAUGAACACAAUUUUCACCCAUAUAUUCAGUAAACCUUCAAAUCUAAUAAUGUAGGACAAAAUUUAAAUUCUCCACAUCGUAACUUCCACUCCCAAUCGUUCCUUGCAGCAAUAUGCCCAGUGUAAUUUUUACAGAAAGAAAAUUGUGCCAGAACGUGCCCUGAACACCUCCCUCGUUCUCUUAGAAUGGCCAUGGUUCCCACCUGAGAGGUGCCGGCAAGUUCCGGCUGGGGAAAAAAAAAGCCCAGGGUAUGCCACUGCAGCUGGCCUUGCUUCCUCACAGCUCCCUUGUCAUCAAAGACCUAGACGAAGUGAUGUGUUUUUAAUUGGCACCUCAGACUAGACAGAAUAGGAGCCGGUCACUCUUUGAGGAGGGGAGAGAGAGUGUUCUGCAGCUGGUGUGCCACCACCAAGAAGACCGCCACCGCUGUGCUGGGUAAUAAAAUUGGUUGUUUUUUGACACGGGUGGUGCUGUGGGUUAAACCACAGAGCCUAGGAAUUGCUGAUCAGAAGGUCAGUGGUUCGAAUCCCAGCGACGGGGUGAGCUCCCGUUGCUUGGUCCCUGCUCCUGCCAACCUAGUAGUUCAAAAGCACGUCAAAGUGCAAGUAAAUAAAUAGGUACCGCUCAGGCGGGAAGGUAAACAGUGUUUCUGUGUGCUGCUCUGGUUCGCCAGAAGCGGCUUAGUCAUGCUGGCCACAUGACCCAGAAGCUGUACGCCGGCUCCCUUGGCCAAUAAAGCGAGAUGAGCGCCGCAACCCCAGAGUCGGCCACGACUGGACCUAAUGGUCAGGGGUCCGUUUACCUUUACCUUUCUUAUGUUUUACUGUAAUUUUUACUGUUGUUAGCCGCCCUGAGCCCAGCUCUGGCCAGGGAGGGUGGGGUAUAAAUAAAAUUUAUUAUUAUUAUUAUUAUUAUUAACCGCUUUUGGUCAUUUUGGUUACUGACAGUUGCGCUUGUCACUUUUUCCUUGCAGCAAGAUUCCAUGAACAGAUAUGGAGCCCUGAGCUCACAGCAUAAGAUCCUGAAGGUAAAGGGACCCUGCUUCUUUUUGGCACAGGAAUCUCAGCCAUUUCUAGGGGUGGGGGAACCUGCCGCCCUCCAGACGACAACUCCAUCAUCUCUAAGCAUUGCAUUCCCACGCUCCUCUCUAACACUACUACUACUAAUAAUAGUGGAGUAUGGUGGAAGCAUCACAGAAUGAUGUGGAAUGUUGUCUGGAUGGUCUGGUAUUAAUCCACCGUUAUUGUGUAAAUGGCAUGUGGCAGAAUUUAUCCACUCAAAAAGAACAAGCCACUCUAGAGCGGUCCCUACGUACUCUGGGGAGGGUGUCCAGAAUGACUGCUUGGGAAACUGGCCCUAGCAUUUGUACACAAAGGUCUCACUAUCCAAACACAACAUGCUCUCAGGAAGUUGCUUGUUAGGCUCGCGUCUGCAUAAUGAGUUGCCAAUUUACAUUGAUUCCUAUGAGGAAUAUUUUAAUGCGUUUCCAGCCACAGAAUUUUGACCCCAAAAGACCACACAAAAACCUUGAAACCUUGCAAAAGGCAAACAAGGAAGGGGGGGAAAAUGCUCUCUUAUUUGUCCAGUCUCUCCUGCUUCCUCCCUUCUAAGUCUAUGAUUAUAUAAUUCAGUGCCUAUUUAUGUGUUUGUUUAGGCAAGGCUAUCCAGUCCUGUAGAAGUUACAUAUAUGUAUUUAUUUUAGCUGCUGUUGAUUUUAAUCAUCGUUUGGAUGUUUGAAAAUGCCUUUAUUGUUUUACUUUUUAAAUCAAACAUUUUAAUGUUUCAUGUGAUUUUUUUAUAAACAACUUAGAGCUUUUCUUACAAUGUGCACACACACAAAAAAUAUGGUUUAAAUAAUCUUCAGUGGGUCUAUUUUGAGUAGUAUUGGAUGCAAGCUUUAUUUUCUGUGGGAUAAACCAGGUCCCCAUUGUGGCUAUUGGUACACAUUUAGCAGGAUUUAUGAUUGUUUAGCAGGAUUUAUGAUUGUUGUUAAAUUUAAUUAAUUUAUAAUUUUAUUGUUUUAUCUUUUUUGUAAACCACUUUUUUUUAAAAAAACCCACUGUAUAAGUUUAUAUAUAAGUUUAUAUAUAAGUUAUAUUUAUAUAAAUAAAUAAUAGAAACAAAAAUCAAUGAAAUCCUCUAAGUGGUUUGCGCAAAAGCAUAUAAAAGACUCAUUUAAAAAUACCGAUAAAAUAAAAACUUUAAAAACAAACAUAAAAAAUCUGUUUGAAAGGCCAAAAGCUCAGUGAAAUUCAAAUCAUGAACAUUUCCCAAUGUGUUUUUUUAUAAACUCACACACAAGGUUUAAAAAGCCCGAGAGAGGGGAAGGUGGGAAAAAGUCUGUCUUUGUUAGUUUCCUUCUGGGUCACUUAACCCAGAUUUGUUAUGCUUUCACUGUUAAUAGAUUCUGAGUACACACUCUUUAAUUUGGACUUUUACAACGCCUUAAUUGGCUACAGGGAUUCUAGUUCCUUUUUUUUUUUUUAAGUAACCAAUGUAAGACUGAAGAUGGUGGUGGUGAUUUUUUACCUGCCCUUCAUCGCAAAGUCCCAGGGAGGAUUGCAACAAUAUAAAAAUGCAAUGUUAAGAUGUAUUAAAAGAAAAGAGUAUUAUUAUUAUUAUUAUUAUUAUUAUUAUUAUUAUUAUUGCGUUUGCUUUAUUAGUUGCCUUCCAAACCACUGCCUCAAGGCGACUUACCUGUAACAAAACUAAAAACACUAAAACAGCAAAUAUGUUUAAAGCAAGACUGACAAGUGGAAAAUUGUGGUGAAGACCCCAUUAUUCAGCUGGGGAAUACUUCGAUUGUUUCCGGAAUAGCUCAGCCUUUCUUUCUAUGACUGAACUGAGAACCCCCAUGUGAGUUUAUAGCCCUGUCUUUCUCUGCCCUUUCCCAAGCUAGGGACCUCUAAAAAACACCGGGGAAAACCCUUUCGCACGGUGCCACUGACCCAGAAUUCACCUCCUUCGGUGUUCCCAUAGUAACUUGCAGCGAUCGUGCUCUGCUUGGCUUGGCAGCACCAAUUAUAUAUGUAGAUCGAUGGGUGCUCAGGUGAACCCCUGGCCCCUUAUAGACAAUGGCUAAUUCUUCACAGCCACCCCAGUUUUUGAGGCUAGCUGGGCAGGGUUGGGAGAGGGAAUUAUUGGGAGAAGAGAAGGGAAGAAAUGGUGGCAGCGGGAACGAACCUCUGUCUUCCAAGGCUUCCAUAUCAUUGAGUCUUGCCUAAUGGUCCCAGUAGUUUGAAUGACGGUACAGUAUGUCUUUCUGACCUGGGAAUAAGCCUUGUUAAACUCCAUGGCGUCUGGGGAGAAAACCAGCAUAGGAGCGUACUAUAAAAGUUUACCCUCCUUGGUACAAUAAUAAUAAUAAUAAUUUAUUAUUUGUACCCCGCCCAUCUGGCUGGGUUUCCCCAGCCACUCUGGGCGGCUUCCAUAGAAACAAAAAAUACAGUAAAAUAUCACAGAUUAAAAGCUUCCCUGAACAGGGCUGCCUUAAGAUGCCUUCUAAAUGUCAGGUAGUUAUUUAUUGCUUUGACAUCUGAUGGGAGGGCGUUCCACAGGGCGGGCGCCACUACCGAGAAGGCCCUCUGCCUGGUUCCCUGUAGCUUUGCUUCUCGCAAUGAGGGAACCGCCAGAAGGCCCUCGGCGCUGGACCUCAGCGUCCGGGCAGAACGAUGGGGGUGGAGACGCUCCUUCAGGUAUACUGGGCCGAGGCCGUUUAGGGCUUUAAAGGUCAACACCAACACUUUGAAUUGUGCUCGGAAACGUACUGGGAGCCAAUGUAGGUCUUUCAAGACCGGUGUUAUGUGGUCUCGGCGGCCGCCUCCAGUCACCAGUCUAGCUGCCGCAUUCUGGAUUAAUUGUAGUUUCCGGGUCACCUUCAAAGGUAGCCCCACGUAGAGCGCAUUGCAGUAGUCCAAGCGGGAGAUAACCAGAGCAUGCACCACUCUGGCGAGACAGUCCGCGGGCAGGUAGGGUCUCAGCCUGCGUACCAGGUGGAGUUGGUAGACAGCUGCCCUGGAUACAGAAUUGACCUGCGCCUCCAUGGACAGCUGUGAGUCCAAAAUGACUCCCAGGCUGCGCACCUGGUCCUUCAGGGGCACAGUUACCCUAUUCAGGACCAGGGAGUCCUCCACACCAGCCCGCCCCUGUCCCCCAAAAACAAUACUUCUGUCUUGUCAGGAUUCAACUUCAAUCCAUUAGCCGCCAUCCAUCCUCCAACCGCCUCCAGGCACUCACACAGGACCUUCACCGCCUUCACUGGUUCUGAUUUGAAAGAGAGGUAGAGCUGGGUAUCAUCUGCAUAUUGAUGGACACCCAGUCCAAAUCCCCUGAUGAUCUCUCCCAGCGGCUUCAUAUAGAUGUUUAAAAGCAUGGGGGAGAGGACGGAACCCUGAGGCACCCCACAAGUGAGGGCCCAGGGGUCUGAACACUCAUCCCCCACCACCACUUUCUGAACACGGCCCAGGAGGAAGGAGCGAAACCACUGUAUAACAGUGCCCCCAGCUCCCAGCCCCUCUAGACGGUCCAGAAGGAUGUUAUGGUCGAUUGUAUCAAAGGCCUCUGAGAGAUCCAGCAGAACCAGGAAACAACUCUCACCUUUGUCCCUAGCUCGCUGGAGAUCAUCAACCAGUGCGACCAAGGCAGUUUCAGUCCCAUGGUGAGGCCUGAAUCCCGAUUGGAAGGGAUCCAAAUGGUCCGCAUCCUCCAGGCGUACAAAUGAAGCUCCCACUGCAGUUAAUCAACUUGAAUCUUAUCAAUCAGUCAACUUAGAAGCUGCUGUUGCUGAGAAGGCUAUCAGCCGGAUAAAAAUCAAACAACUGAUUGGUGAAGUGAUUGAAUCUGAAUAAAUCACUUUGGCCAAAUUGACGUACAAACUGCAUGAUAAGGACAAUUGUGACUUCAAGGAAGAAUGGGAACUUUUUACAAAUUACUUAAAAAGACAACAAAAUGAUCUGGACUCCUUGGCAGGUUUUGAAUAAACAUCCACAAACUUAUUAGUUGAACACAUGAUAGAUAAGGCAAGGAUACGUACAAUUUUAUAACAUGCAGAGAACAAUAUGUGCAAAGAAACCAGAGAGGGGAGCUGAGGGAAGUCCGGGGGGGGGGGGGAGGGAUGAGGGGGAGGGGGGAAAUAAUGUAAUUGAUUAUUUAGACUGAUAAUUUGUUAUGCUGAAAUUGUUUUAAUUUUUUUUUUUUUAAGAAUCUGAACAAAUCACGAUACAGCUUUAAGCCCUAAUGUGAUUAGAGAGCCUUUGGAGGUAAAAUUAGAAACAUACAAGUGGGAGCUGCCACAGAAUGUUGCAGCACGGAGUAUUCCAGUUCAGGACACUCCAUUCCAUUCUGGCCUUUCCUGCUUUCCUCUUUUUUUUCUUGCCACCUGCCUGUCAACCUUCUGUGGCCACUGACCCUGCUUACUCCUUACCAGACAUGAGUCCCCACAGUCUUACUGUAUUCCUACAAACCUUGGGGUUUCUUCCAAACCUAAGGAUUACAGUGGUACCUCAGGCUACAUAAGCUUCAGGUUACAUACGCUUCAGGUUACAGACUCCGCUAACCCAGAAAUAGUGCUUCAGGUUAAGAACUUUGCUUCAGGAUGAGAACAGAAAUCGUGCUCCGGCGGCGCGACAGCAGCGGGAGGCCCCAUUAGCUAAAGUGGUGCUUCAGGUUAAGAACAGACCCUCCGGAACGAAUUAAGUACUUAACCCGAGGUACCACUGUACUACCUUUUAUAUAUAUAUAUGGCAUGGAUCGUACCAUUUUGACUGUAUGAAUGCUUUGAGAGUUUUGUUUACAAUCAAGUGGCGCGUACAUUUUAUGAAACAAACAAACCAUUGGCACUCAUUUCUAGACACUGUAGGUACUGAUUCCUUGUUAUUGAUUUGGAAAGGUUCUGAAUGAGGGAAGACAUGAGUGCGUCACACAGGUGUCUCUCCCCCUGCCGCUCCUGCCCUGUCUCAGUUCUAAUUUUUAUUUUUCCUUGGAUUAGAAUCAGCACGAAGAUGUCAAGAAGCAGCUUCUCGACCUGCAGAUGCAACACAAUGGGCUGAAACUGGAACACCGCAAGAUAACAGAGACUCACAACCAGAAGUACUCCCAGCUGCAGAGGGAGAAGGAAAGCGAGGUGGGAGGUUUGCAAGGUGAGUGCAGGAUCUUGCAUUUGCAGAGAGGAUGGGAGAAGUCAGCAGCAGAGAUUUGGGUCUCCUCCUUCGACUCCAGAGAUAGGGUCAUCCACCCCACUCGCCCCAUCACCCCUUUCCCAUCAUCAAGGGCCGUCUUCAGAGCCACACAAUAGCCCUUCUGUUAGUGUGGUAGCAUGCGGGUGGCGUGCGUUAAACCACAGAGCCUAGGACUUGCUGAUCAGAAGGUCAGCUGUUCGAAUCCCCGUGACGGGGUGAGCUCCCGUUGCUCGGUCCCUGCUCCUGCCAACCUAGCAGUUCGAAAGCACGUCAAAGUGCAAGUAGAUAAAUAGGUACCACUCCAGCGGGAAGGUAAACGGCGUUUCCGUGCACUGCUCUGGUUCGCCAGAAGCUGCUUAGUCAUACUGGCCACAUGACCUGGAAGUUGUACGCCGGCUCCCUCAGCCAAUAAAGCGAGAUGAGCGCCGCAACCCCAGAGUUGGCCACUACUGGACCUAAUGGUCAGGGGUCCCUUUACCUUUACUUACACUUUGGAACUCCCUGCCUAUUGACACCUGGCAGGUUCCUUCAUUGUAUUCUGCAUUGGGCAGGACUGGAUGACCUCUUGCAACUUCAGUUUCUAAGGCAGCUACAGCCAUUCUCGGAUCAGGAAAGCUUGACCACAGUUGUACAUGCCUCGGUGAUCUCACAUGCAGGAGUACUGCAAUGCACUCUGCGUAGGGCUGUCCCUGAUCUGCUUACAGCUGGUGCAGAAGAUGACGGCUAUAGGUCGCUUGUGGGAAUUGCAUAUAAUGCCUUGCUUACAGGACUCGCACUGGCUGCCCAUUUGCUGCUGGGCCAAAUUCAAGGCGUUAGUACUAACAUGUGAGUUCCUAUGUAGCUCAGGACCACCUUGCUUGAGAGACCACCUUAUCGUUCAUACACACAGUAGCUGCGAGAGCUUCUCCAGCAAGGCCUCCAAAGCCCACUCUGAAGUAACCUGGAGCAGGGCUUUUAGCUGACCUUGUUCUGCAGAAUAGCAUCCCUGUCAAAAUACAACAGGUGUCCACCCUUCACUUUCACAGAACAGUUGAACUUGUUUUUGCUCCAGCAGGCUCUCCUGGCUGAAUAAACGAGUCUUUGCCACAAGUGUCCAUCUGUUGAGAUUUUUCUUUUAAAUGUACCUGUUGCUUUCGUGUUUUUAGCUAUUUUAUGCAUAAAUUGCCUUGAGAAAGUGAUUGAUAAAUCAACUGCCAUAACUGCAACUCUGCAGUUAGCUUGGAAACCUAAUUACAGUGGUACCUCAGGUUAAGAACUUAAUUCAUUCUGGAGGUCCGUUCUUAACCUGAAACUGUUCUUAACCUGAAGCACCACUUUAGCUAAUGGGGCCUCCCACUGUCGUUGCGCCGCUGUGGCGCGAUUUCUGUUCUUAUCCUGAAGCAAAGUUCUUAACCUGAGGUACUGUUUCUGGGUUAGCAGAGUCUGUAACCUGAAGUGUUUGUAACCUAAAGCGUCUGUAACCCGAGGUACCACUGUAUUGUUAUUUAACUGGAGCAACGUGUGAUUAUUGUCAUUUAUCUUUCUCCCCCUCUGCAGAUACAGUUUACAAGCUCAGGGAGGAGAGCAAGUUGCUUCGCAAAGCCCACCAGGAUGUUCACUCACAGCUUCUCAGUGCUCAGGUAGGCUCUGGGGAUGGGCAGCGCAGUGUAGUGGUUGGAGCACUGGACCAGGAUGUGAGCAGGCAGGGUUCAAAUCCCCACUUGGCCAUGGAGCUCAGUGAGUAACCUUGAGCUGUCUCUCACUCUAACCUACCUCACUGGGCCGUUGUGAGUAUAAAAUGGGCAGGGAGAAAGCAAUGCACACCAUCUUGCUCCCCUUGGAGGAAAAGAAGAGGAGGAGUUUGGAUUUGGUAUCCCACUUUAUCACUACCCAAAGGAGUCUCAAAGCAGCUAACAUUCUCCUUUCCCUUCCUCCCCCACAACAAACACUCUGUGAGGUGAGUGGGGCUGAGUGACUUCAGAGAAGUGUGACUAGCCCAAGGUCACCCAGCAGCUGCAUGUGGAGGAGCAGGGAAUCGAACCCGGUUCACCAGAUUACGAGUCCACCGCUCUUAACCACUACACCACACUGGCUGGGAUAUACCGUAUAUACUCGAGUAUAAGCCGACCCGAAUAUAAGCCGAGGCACCUAAUUUUACCACAAAAAACUGGGGAAAUUUACUGACUCGAGUAUAAGCCUGUUCACCACACCACAAACCUGGUGGUGGUAGCAGCAGCAGCGGAGGAAGAACAAGCAGCCCAAAAGGGCUGCUUUCGGGCUGCUCGUUCCUCUGCUGCCGCUGCCGAUAGUGGCAAAGGUGGCGGAGGAGGAAGGAUCAGCCCGCAAGGACCCUCACUCAAGUAUAAGCCGGGGGGGGGGCUUUUUCAGCAUAAAAAAUGUGCUGAAAAGGUGGGCUUAUACUUUAGUAUAUACAGUAGAUGGAAUAUACAUAUUCACUCAGUGAUUCAUAGCACUCAGCCACAGUGGCCUCCCUGAGAUUAUUACUGCCUCUCUCGUUGUGAAGACGGUGCCCCAUCUUUUAGAUUUUUUUUGAGGGUGAAGUGUUCAUACAAGUUACCGGUGACUGUAAACUGUCCACUUCGCCUUUUUUCCUGAUGGCACCAGGGAAAAAAAUUGGGGAGAGGGGCAGAGAAGAGGCAAAGUAUAUUUCUAGGUGUGCUGGAAAGAAAAUAACAGCAUAUGUUCAGUACAGGUGUUCAGAAAUGUGGGGGGCAAAGGAGGCAUGACCUCUCUGUUUACCCCCCUAUCCCUGCUGCUGCUCAGCAUCUUGUGAAGACGAUGAAUUGAAUUCAUAUUCUGCCCUUGUUGGGAGCCCAUUGGGAGCUGUCCGGGGUCCUGAUUCCUGCCUCAAUCGACCUGCCCAGAAGAGCCUUAGCUGAAAACAUCCUCACUGGAGAGAAAUGGAUGGUCUCUUCUGUCCAAAAGCGAUUGUUCUAACUCCUUUGGGGCCCUUUCAUCUUUGGUCUGCCUCCAGGUCCAGAUGGAAGAGUUCAGGCAGCUCAAGGAGACCCUUCAAAAGAUGCCGAGCUUUAAGGAAGUGGUUGGGGCCAAAGCGCAGCUGAAGAAUGAGCAGCCCCCAGGACAAGGACUUGGCAUGUUGCAGAUUGUUAGGCCAAAGGUAGGAUGUCUGGAUGUCCCUCUCCCUCCUCUCUCACCUUCCAAACCUUAGACCCAGGGGAAAGAGCUUCACACUCGAGUAGGGUAGUGGUAAUAAUAAUAAUAAUAAUAAUAAUAAUAAUAAUAAUAAUAAUAUUUGUACCCCUCCCAUUUGGCUGGGUUUCCCCAGGCACUCUAGGCAGCUCCCAACAGAAUACUAAAAACAAGAUCAAACAUCAAACAUUGAAAACUUCCCUAAACAGGGUUGCCUUCAGAUGUCUUCUAAAAGUCAGAUGCAGUGGUACCUCGGGUUAAGUACUUAAUUCGUUCCGGAGGUCUGUUCUUAACCUGAAACUGUUCUUAACCUGAAGCACCACUUUAGCUAAUGGGGCUCCUGCUGCCGCCGUGCUGCUGGAGCACGAUUUCUGUUCUUAUCCUGAAGCACUAUUUCUGGGUUAGCAGAGUCUGUUACCUGAAGCGUAUGUAACCUGAAGCGUCUGUAACCCGAGGUACCACUGUCGUCGUUUAUUUCCUUGACAUCUGAUGGGAGGGCAUUCCACAGCCCCUCUGCCUGGUUCCCUGUAACCUCACUUCUCGCAGUCAGGGAACUGCCAGAAGGCCCUUGGAUUUGGACCCCCGGGCAGAACGUUGAUGGUGGCAACGCUCCUUCAGGUAUACUGGGCCGAGGCCAUUUAGGACGUUAAAGGUCAGCACCAACACUUUGAAUUGUGCUCAGGAACAUACUGGGAGCCAAUGUAGGCCUUGCAGGACCGGUGUGAUAGGGUCUUGGCAGCCACUCCCAGUCGCAUUCUGCCGCCUUCUGGAUUAAUUGUAGUUUCCAGGUUACCUUCAAAGGUAGCCUCAUGUAGAGCGCAUUGCAGUAGCCCAAUGUGGCCCUCUGCCUGGCCCUCGAGACUCUCUCCAGGCGACACCGCCUCUCCACAGGCCACACCUACCUUUGCCGGUCUGGAAUUUGCUCUUGCACUCAUUCUGCGUCUUGUUUGUCUGGAUGGAGAGGGGUGGAAGAGUGUUUGUAGAAACAGAGCUACUGUACAGAGGUGACAUUCACAUUCGUUGACUUGCCUGCAGCUGGCAUGUGGCCCCUGGAAGGGAGUGUGGCCCUCGGUUUCCCCGCCCCUGCUGUAUACCAAUAUCAAACUCAUUCACCAAGGGUGGAUUCUUAUGUAGGCAGAAUGGCACCAUGCAAAUGCCAUAGGGAGAUAGUAUCCGCAGGCCUAGAGGAACCCCGUUAUUAUCUCUGGGAAUGGGGUGUCAAAAGGGAAAUGUCCAGUGAAGGCAGAGCAUGCUCAGUGAGCAUGGAAUGCUGAAAAAACCAAGGAAGGGGAACGGAAUGGCAUGUUCUAGAUAAGGGCGCGACUCACGGACUGGCGGAAAGCACUCCAUACUGCAACAUUUUGUUGCAGAUCCCACUUGUUCAGGAUGAAGUGCAGUUUCUGAGGAACCUCUUCCUGUCUAAGCUUGUCUUUCCUGGGUUUUUUUCCCCUCGUCUAGGCCUCACUGGGCAAUGAAGCAAAACCACCCCAGAGUCCCUUGGGGCAAGCUGCAGUUCCAGCAGGGAGUUCCCCUGUUGCUCCGGCCUCUAGCAUCAAACAGCAGGGAGAAGCCAUCUUGCCUGAAGGCAACGGCAGGCCUCAGGGCAAUGUGCCGUUUGGCCAGGUGGCCCCGCCCCAUGAAGCCCACCUGCCGCCUCCGGCCUGGCCUCAGGCGGGGCAAAGGGAUAACCCCAUAGUCCGCUUCACGAGGAUGGUGAAUAGUGUGCAGAAUGGGAUCCAGGUAAGAAUACUAACAUAAUAUGGAAUAAUAAUAAAAAAUGUUAAGAUACACUUUCUUCAAAAAACCAGAGCUAUUCUUACUAGGUAUUUUUACAACAGACAUCCCAAAGAACUAUAAGAGAGUCUUUUUGUACGCAAUAACGGGUGCCAGGAUAGCGAUUGCAAAACAUUAGAAUAGUAACACAAUUCCAACAAAGGAGGAAUGGUUAAUAAAAUUAAGCGAAUAUCUUGAACUGGCGAAAUUAACAGAAAUAGUAAGAAAUCAACCAAGUGAAAAAAUCAGGAGAGAAUGGGAUGUCUUUACAAAUUAUAUGAAGAAGGUUGGUUCCCCAAAUUAUGACUGGCUUAGCCUAGACUAAAAAUUCCACAGGUAAGCAAAUUGUCUCUCCACAAAGUUUAAAAUGAUUACAGACAACCAAAGAUAUAAGGUUAAAGGAACAGUAUAGUGGUAGAAAAGGGACACAGGUGGUGCUUUGGGUUAAACCACAGAGCCUAGGGCUUGCCGAUCAGAAGGUCGGCGGUUUGAAUCCCCGCGACUGGGUGAGCUCCCGUUGCUCGGUCCCUGCUCCUGCCAACCUAGCAGUUCGAAAGCACGUCAAAGUGCAAGUAGAUAAACAGGUACCACUCCGGUGGGAAGGUAAACGGCGUUUCCGUGUGCUGCUCUGGUUCACCAAAAGCGGCUUAGUCAUGCUGGCCACAUGACCUGGAAGCUGUACGCCGGCUCCCUCGGCCAAUAAAGUGAGAUGAGCGCCGCAACCCCAGAGUCGGCCACGGUUAUUGUGAGGAUAAAAUGGGAAGAGGGAGAAUCAUAAAUACCAUCUUAAGCCCCUUGGUUGGAAAAGAUGAGCUAUAAAUGGAAUGAAUGAAUGAAUGAAUAAAUCUUUAGGUUCAGUGUACCCAUUCUGCUGGGCGAGAAUUGGGACUAGUCCACGUGACAGUUUAUAGUGAACUUACGGCUGCUCAUCCAUGCAUUUUUUUAAUGCAGCAUUCACACAAUGCUGUCUUUAUCAAGACACCACCCCAUAUUAUCCCUCUUCAACUUUCAAAUUUGCAUUUAUUGAGAACAUUUGUACCCCAAAGCUGCCAGAGAGGCUUACAUGUAAUCCAUUUGAAGCAAUGCAGUCCCUUCUCGCAGAUUUAACAAUCUUAAAACAGCAACAUCCAUGAAACUCAAGGUAAAAGGGACAGGGAGGGAAGAGAAAAUAAGCAAACUCAGGCACUAACUCUUAAACAGUAGUUCUUACGACAGCUGAUGUACAAACAGUUGUGGCUAGGAGGUGACUUGAUGGAGCUGGUUAUUGUCAAAGCUGCUGGAACGAACCCUGCUUCCCAUAUCUCCCACUCUGGCAGUGUGAUUUUCUAUGGAAAAUCCAUUAAGGAAAAAGAAGGGGGGAAACAACCCAUAGGAAAUGGUAAAUCUGGAUUAAAAUCUGAGGUGAAAAGAUACGCCUUUAAAAGCAGCCUAGGAAUCAGCCAGUGAUGCUUGUUUUAUGGUUCAGGAAAGCCCCGAGUCCAGAGUGAAUUGUUAUGUGGAAGUGCCCUUUCUCCCCUCAAAAUACUCUUCCACUGGGUCUCUCCAGGCCUAGUCUUCGCACUCAAGCCACUCUACCACACUGUCUCUCCAGCUCUGCUUUCAGGGUAUGUGUCCCCCUUUUGCUUUUUCUCUCGGUAGGAUCAAAAAGCUGCUCAGAGCAGGCCGGGGGAGAGUGAGGAAAACGUUCCUUCUGAAGACAUGGCAAACAGCUUCAGACUCCUUCCUGCCUCAGAGGAAGCCCAGGAUUUGGAAAAGCAGCCCUCUGUGGGGAGCCAGCGGGAUCGUGCCGUGCAGAGGUUUGUAGCCUUUGUGGGUUGGGGUUCACGGUCACCCCACCUGUCAGGAGUGAGCCAGCAGUAAAUCACACAGUGCAAGUUGGAGUUAACUCUUUAUCAGCAAAAACAUGAUCGACACAGGAGUGUCAGGCCUAAUGAGCACAGCAGCUCAUCCCUGGGAGGUCUUACUCCAUGAAUCAGUUGCUGAGACUGAAAGUCCCCACCUCCCCACAGCUGCCUAAGUCACAGGGUUUCCACCCAAGCAAUCAGAGACUGCGCCUAUGUGUCGCCAAUCUCUCCUCCACCCAUUUCAUGCCUCUUCUAGUUCUGGGAGAUCAGAGGGGAGGGGAGCUUGGUGCAGUAAGAGCGGGAGACACUUGUGUCUCUUCCCCAGCCUGACUCAUCUCUGCCUCUUGGCCUCUCUCCUCUCGCCCUCCUGCUUCAGCUUCUGACUCUGAUUUUGAACUUCCCUCUGCCACAGACUCUCCCAGCUCCCAAAGCCCUGUUACCUCCUCAGUUUCUGACACCACCUUCCCACAGUCGUCUCCCUCUGACCACCGCUCCUAGAGUUAAUAAAUAAUAAUAAUAAUAAUAAAAUUUUAUUUAUAUCCCGCCCUCCCCAGCCGAAGCCGGGCUCAGAGCAGCUAACAACAAUAGAAGUAACACAGCAUUCUAAAAUCAAUUCAAAAUCAAAUUCAUGGCGACCAUUGGGCUAGAGUUCUGUGAGGAUUACCAAAGGAGGGGGGUCAGACUGUGCCUUGGCCAAAGGCCUGGUGGAACAGCUCUGUCUUACAGGCCCUGCGGAAAGAUGGCAAGUCCCGCAGGGCCCUAGUCUCUUGUGACAGAGCGUUCCACCAGAUUGGGGCCACAACCAACAAAGCCCUGGCUCUGGUUGAGGCCAGCCUAACCUCCCUGUGGCCUGGGGGGACCUCCAGGAUGUUUUUGUUUGAAGACCGUAAGUUCCUCCGUGGGACAUACCAGGAGAGGCAGUCCCUUAGGUACAAGGGUCCUAGGCCAUAUAGUUCAGAGCCUUCUUCCAUUGGUGGUUCCCCAGCUGGUUCCUCCCACCAUUCCUCUGCAUCCAACCAUCCAUGACUUAAGAAGUCUUACUGGAUCAGGUCGAUAAGCCAUCUAGUGCAGUAUCCUGUUCUCACGGUGGCCUACUAGGUGCCUACGGGAAGCCCUUGAGCAGGAAUUGAGUGCGACUGCGAAUGUCCCCACCUGCAGUUUCCAGCAGCUGGUAUUAAAAAACUUUCUGCCUCUGUCCUUGAAGGCAGAGCAGAGCAGAGCCAUCAUGGCUAGAAACCACUGCUGGCUUUAUCCUUUGCGAAUUUGCAUUAUUUUCUUUUAAAGUCAUUCAGGUUGGUGGCCUUCCAUUGGAAUGAAUCCCAGAACUCAACUUGCACACUGUGUGAAAAGUCCUUUGUCUAUCUUGAAUCUUCCAGCCUUCUGUUUAAUUGGCUGUUCACCUGUUCCAGUGUUAAUAAGAGACCGAGAAAAACAUUUCCCCUGUCAUUUCAUCUGCUUCCAUCACAUCACAUCGCCUUUUCUCUGAUCUUAAAAACCCCAAAUAUUGUAACCUGUCCUCAUAGGGAGUUGCUCCACCCAUGUCAGCAUUUUGGUUGCCCGUUUUCUGACUCUGCGAUAUCCUUUUUGAGUUGAGGCAACCAGAACUUUUUUGAGAAUGCUGCGUGGGUGUUUCUGGUUAGGUAUAAAAGGUUGACAAUCUGUACAGGGCGUUGCAAGCUUCUGGUCUUUUGGUAGCAGAGCCUGCUCAGCACUUCUCAUUAAGGAAGCCUUAAGCUGUUUAUUUCGAAGGCUGCUUCCUUGUGCUUGCCUCUAAUUAUUCGGUAAUCCAUCAGACUCUGUGGGAGAAGUCCGAGCUAAGUAGGUGUUGUUUUUCUUCAAGGUUAUAUGGAAAUAUGAAAACAGCAGGUGAUAAGUGGAAGCUGAGGAGGAUAAGAAUAUAUUUGGCUCUCUUUCUCUUCCCAAAGUGCAGGCAAAGGCUGGAAAAGAACCAUAGGGACGUCAAUUUUCUCCACAACGGCCAUCACUUUCACAGAGCACUGCUCAGGCUUCCUCAACCUGGUGCCCUCUGGAUGUUGUUGUUGGACUAGAAAUCCCCAUUAAUCCCUGACCGAUUGUAAGGUUUUGAAAAACAACAACUGGAGGGCACCAGACUGGCAAAAUUCUCAGUGUGGUUUUGUAGCCUUUUUAGCCUCGGGUGAGAAGAGCUUUGCUCCCGGGACGGGGAAAUGGGAGUCAACAGACACUCAAGCAAUAGUUUCAGAGAAAAGGCUUUAUUUCUACCAUCUGGCUGGUAGAAGGAGCAAGUGUGAUAGAUUCACAAAACAAGCACGAGUUCACAGCCAUUUGCACAGAGCAUAUAUUCCCCUCCAGUUCCGUCCCCUUUCUCCUCCUCCUCAAGAGUCCUGCCUCAUGAGUUCCCCUGAGCAUGAACAGAAAGCUCCUGUCUUGGGACUCUUUUGGACUCUUGGCGCCCAGGAAAGGGGGUGAGAAGCCAAGGGGGGUCGAGGAGCCUUGCGGUUCAGCGUGUUCAAGAUGUGUUGCAACCAAAUGAGAUAAGAGUCAGUUCCCAGGCCUGAGUAUUCUUGGCAUUGACAGAGUCUAUUCAUUAGCCUUUUUGAAGCUCUCUCGUACUGAUAAAAGUAACGGUUUGCCUAUGCAACAGCAUCUUGUGAGAAAAGCAGAGGAAAACUUUAGCUGUGGAUUUUUAGAAGAGAGAAAAGGAAUUUUGGACAGUUUUGAGGCUUGGUUGGGGGGGUGACUUCGGGCCUAGGUGGGGUCACCUGUCCUCACCUCCUUCAUUUUAACCAUCAAUCCCUUUUCCCAGCAAACUCUGGGAAUGGGAGCUCUGUGAACAGGAGUCUCUUAACUCUCAGUGCCCUGAACAAGCUGUUAUUCCUAGGAUUCUUUGGGGGAAGCCAUGAUGGUUUAAAGUGGUAUGAUACCGCUUUAAAUCUAUAGUGCAGAUGGGCCUCAGUAUAAGGCACCUUGCUAUGUGUCCCUGUUCCAACUUUACAAAAAGGUGGAAGAGGCAAUUCCUGAGAAAUUCUCCUGACUCUUUCUUUCUUUCUUUCUUUCUUUCUUUCUUUCUUUCUUUCUUUCUUCUGCAGCUGGCAAGACAUAGUCAACAAGGUCAAUGCCCAGGUGGAUGAAGAACAGGCUCCUCGUUACCCACAAAGCCUCCACCUGGGCGGCCGACCCGGGCAAGAGCGAGCGAUAGCCGACGUCAAUCAAGCGCUGGCCAAUCCACAGAGAGGGGCGGGGAAGCAGCGAGCCAGUUGGGAAGCGGGAAAAGGAGGAACGGAUGAUGAGGAACUCCAUAUGGGUAUGGGUUCCGGAACUUCUGGGUUCCUGAUCUUAAGGGGGCUGUUACGUGGGUGGGCAGAGGAGGAUUCUGGGAUUGCUCCAUGUGAUGUCACAGGGCACAGCCUUCUGCACAUGCAUGUUUUGGGGUGGUGAGUUGGGAGUGGGAAAUGAACUCCUGUCAAUGAAAUACAAAGAUGGGCAAUCUGUGGCCCUCCAGUUUUGCCAAACUCCCACAGUACCAGAAGUCUGGCCAGUAGCCAGGGAUGGUGGGAUCUGUGGUCCAGCUACAUCUCUAAUAUAAAGUCUUGUUCAGCCACUAGAUAGAUAGAUAGAUAGAUAGAUAGAUAGAUACAGUGGUACCUCGGGUUAAGUACUUAAUUCGUUCCAGAGGUCCGUUCUUAACCUGAAACUGUUCUUAACUUGAAGCACCACUUUAGCUAAUGGGGCCUCCCGCUGCCGCCACGCCGCCGGAGCAUGAUUUCUGUUCUCAUCCUGAAGCAAAGUUCUUAACCCGAGGUAAUAUUUCUGGGUUAGCGGAGUCUGUAACCUGAAGCGUACAUAACCCGAGGUACCACUGUAGAUAGAUAGAUAGAUAGAUAGAUAGAUAGAUAGAUAGACAGACACACAUACAAACACACACACACACACACACACACACACAAACAAACACAAACACACACACACACACACACACACACACACACACACAUUGUGUGGAACAAAAGGAGGAGAGCCAGAAAGAAUUCAUUCAUUCAUUCCAGUUCCUAUCCUGCCCUCCUUCCCAAAGGAGUCAAGCGCAGCAAAUAUCAAAACGUUAAAACUGAAAAUAAAAUGAAAAUGAAAUCACUUAAAGGCCAUUAAAAAACAACAACAACCAACAAAAAACAUUCAGAACUCAAAGCACAUGUGUGUGAGAGAGAGAUCCUUUAGGUUAAUGGGGUCAUUUGUGUGGGUUUGGCAUUGUGCCUUGUACAAAUCUCCGUAGAAAUACAGUAGUCAUGGAAGUGGGGUGAAAAAAGCUGGGCGGGGAGGUUGUUUGCCUGCCAGGGGCCCAGAAACCAACUAGCAGGGCCAGGGACUCCGUUGGUUCCCCCUGUGAUCUUCCCAUCAUGCCAUCCCCUCCACUUCUCUGAACGAAAGCUACUUGUUGCCAUGACGAUAGAGGGAGCAUCCAUGCUGCUCUGUGUCCUGCCACAGCAUCGCUAGGCCCACAAGCAGCCAUCUUCACUGGCUCUGCAGCCGGGUAGUUUCCAUGGAUACCUUGCAAGUCCUGCUCUCACCUGAAGGAAAACCCCUGCCGCCCUGCCCCGGCCGAAAAGCAUGUCAAUUAACAUUAUUUAUUAAAUUUCUAGGCGGUCCUUCCACCUAAAGGAGCCAACUAAAAGUAGGGAAACAAUACCAUUAAAAUAAAAUAAAAACCUAUUGAAAAGCAUUCCAAACAUCUAUUUUAAAAAGAAAGAAAGAAAAACAAUGGUCAUGUUUUAGCAUAGCUAAUAAAUAAUUUCCAAGGUUGCUGGGAACAGUCUCUCUCUGUCAUCAAACGCCUGGGUGAAUAGGAAUGUUCCUUCAAAAAUCUCUCCUGAAUGUUAAUAAUGAGGGAGACAGACUCACCUCACUCUGGGAGGUACUCCAAAUUUAAUCCCCCUGCCUUUCUAAAAGGAAUUGGAACCAGCACACAUUUUAUUUCAUUUCAUAAGAUUUAUACACUGCUUGAUUGUAAAACAAACAAAAAAAAAACCCCCUCAAAGGAUGCUUCUGGGAUCAAGCCACCAAUUAGUAUAUAUAUUGUACUAAUUUAAAUAUUAACACCUAUGGAAAGAAUCCUCCUCUGAGUUCUUGUUCUUCAGCAACUGGGAGACUGGACACACAACAGGGGGGGGGGAGUAAUACAAGAGCCAUAUUUCUUAAUUUGUUCUUUACUGGGGGUUUUUAAUUGUAGGUUUUUCUGGAAAAAUAUAUAUAAAUACAUUUAUAAAAAACAAAUGCAAGAUUGGAAAAGUGAGAAACCAAGAGAAGCUGAAAUACACUUUGCCCUUCCCUACUGUUGAGCUUGAGAUUGUAUAUUCUUUGGGGCAGGGAUCCUGCCACUUUGGGGCUUGUGCUGCUCCCAUUUCCAUAGGCUUUGGAGUCGCAGGUUUUAGAAGCAGGACAAAAAUUGGUUGGGAAUGCAAACCGUCUGCUUGAUGCCGUAAUCAAUCUUACAAAGCGCAGUUGGGAGAAGUGGGAUUUGAACCCAUAGCUCCCGAAGAGACGGUGCUUUGUCAGGUACAGGGCAACAAACAAGAUGGAUGGUUCCUCCACAUACAGGAGCUGACUAGACUGGAGACAGGCAUUGUUAAGAGGUUUGACACUUUCACCUUUUCUUUUCUUUUUACUUUUGUUCAGAUGCUGGCAUGAUUGAGAAAGGAGGCAAUUCUCAGCCCCAGAAGGAUGCAGUCAUCCAGGAACCAGUGGUAAGAAGAGAGGAAACUGGGAUUUUUACACGGUCAGGAAACAACAUGUGGUGGCACCCAACUUGUGGAAUGCUCUCCCCAGGAAAGCUCGCCUGACACCUUUGUUGCAUAUCUCCAUAUAUUAUUUUGUUGAAAUAAUUUUUAUUUGAUUUUUAAAAGUAUAAAGUUAUAACAAUACAACCAUACACAUACACAUUUGGAGAUUCCUCCGAAUCUCUGGACUUCCCACCUUCCCCUCCAUCCUAUUAUUAAAUUGUUUUUUACUGCAUCUUUCUACACCAUCAUAUUUCACUAUCUUCUAAACAUUUUCUAAGGCUGAUAAUGUGAAUGUUUAUUUAAAUCCUGCCAUCAAGUCUAUUGACUUUCUUUGCUUCUGCAAAUAUAAUAUGAAUGGUUCCCAAACUUUUUCAAAGUCUCUGUUGUCUUUUUCUCUUAGUCUAGCUGUCAUUUUUGCCAGUUCUGCAGAGUUCAUCAACUUCUCUUGCCAUUGUUCUUUAGUUGGUAUUUCUCCAGUCUUCCAAUUUUGUGCAAUCAACAUUCUUGCUGCUGUCGCUGUCCAAGUUGGAGGCAGCCUGGGGUUUCCACAUCUUCACCAUGUGCAGCGUAAAGAUAGACUUCCCUGUCUGCCUCCCACCAUUCAGUUUCAUUUGAUAAUGCCUUAUUUUUUAGUACGAUGAGGCGGGAGAGAAAAAGCCACGUAGCGCUGGCUGCAAUGGGUUGACUCUAAGAACCAUAAGAAGGGCUAGAGUUCUAUGAGGAUUACAGAAGGAGGGGAUCAGACUUUGUCUUGGCCAAAGGCCUGGUGGAACAGCUCUGUCUUGCAGGCCCUGCCGAAAGAUGUCAAGUCCUGCAGGGCCCUAGUCUCUUGUGACAGAGCGUUCCAUGAGAUUGGAGCCACAACCAAAAAAGCCCUGGCUCUGGUUGAGGCCAGCCUAACCUCCCUGUGGCCUGGGAUAUCCAACAGGUUUUUAUUUGAAGACCAUAAGGUCCUCCAUGAGACAUACCAGGAGAGACGGUCCCGUAGGUACGAGGGUCCUAGGCCGUAUAGGGCUUCCGACUGUGAAGGCAGAGUGUAGCCACCUCCGCCGAUGAAUUUGUCCCAUCCUCUUUAAAAGUCAUCCAAGUUGGUGGUCAACACUGCCUCCUGUGGGAGUGAAUUCCACAGUUUAACUGAAUAGGACUAGCAUUGGAGACAACUCUGUGUGGGUCCCUCAUUCCUUGCUUUCCUGCUCAGGUGCCUGAUGCUGCUGACCCUGCCAAAGACCCCAACAAUCAAGGGGAAGAUGAGUUCGAGGAGGCAGAACUGGAACGCCCAGACUUUGAAGAGAAACUAGGUCAGGCUGUUCCACUAGGCCACACCAACGGACCAGCUAAAGAUGCAACAAAGGGAAAGAUUCAGAAGGUAAAACUUUUGUUUCUUGUUUGGAGUUUGACCCUGGAGCUGUAAAGAGUGCCUGGAACUGGAGGCAGCUCAGAUGACAACACAGUAAACCAUGGUUUGUUUGGGUGGGAGAUGCACCUCAGCAACGCUUGAGCUCCACCUCCUGCUCUUUUCUCCAGCACAGCUGCAAAGAUGAGCUUGGAAGUUUGUGGUUCUGUUUUCUGUGCGCAGCCUGGGAGUCAUUUUGGACUCGCAGCUGUCCAUGGAGGCGCAGGUCAAUUCUGCGUCCAGGGCAGCUGUUUACCAGCUCCACUUGGUACGCAGGCUGAGACCCUACCUGCCCACGGACUGCCUCACCAGAGUGGUGCAUGCUCUGGUUAUCUCCUGCUUGGACUACUGCAAUGUGCUCUAUGUGGGGCUACCUUUGAAGGUGACCCAGAAACUACAACUAAUCCAGAAUGUGGCAGCUAGACUGGUGACUGGGAGCAGCCACCGAGACCACAUAACACCGGUCUUGAAAGACCUACAUUGGCUCCCAGUACGUUUCCGAGCACAAUUCAAAGUGUUGGUGCUGAUCUUUAAAGCCCUAAAUGGCCUCGGUCCAGUAUAUCUGAAGGAGCAUCUCCACCCCCAUUGUUCUACCCAGACACUGAGGUCCAGCCCCGAGGGCCUUCUGGUGGUUCCCUCACUGCAAGAAGCCAAGUUACAGUGAACCAGGCAGAGGGCCUUCUCGGUAGUGGCACACACCCUGUGGAGCGCCCUCCCACCAGAUGUCAAAGAGAACAACAACUACCAGACUUUUAGAAGACAUCUGAAGGCAGCCCUGUUUAGGGAAGCUUUUAAUGUUUGAUGCAUUACUGUAUUUUAAUAUUUUGUUGGAAGCUGCCCAGAGUGGCUGGGGAAGCCCAGCCAGAUGGGCGGGGUAUAAAUAAAUUAUUAUUAUUAUUAUUAUUAUUAUUAUUAUUAUUAUUAUUAUUAAUUAUCAAUCAACUGCAGCUCACCAUGGUGCAUGGAACUGAUAAACCAUGGUUAAUCUUAACGAUGCAUUGUGAAUAAGAACAUUUCCUGCAGGCUUCUGGUUGGCCUCUUUGAGAACAGGAUGCUGGAAUAGAUGGGCCACUGGCAGACUCUUAAUGUUCAGCUGAAGGUUGCCCAGAACAAAAUGUGCAUGUCCUAUUGAAAAAGAUCCUUCUGCCCCUGAUUUCUGGCCUGGAAGGUGUUACGGGAGCUCAGCAGAGCUGUCCCCACCUGAUACCCUUUAAAGCUGCUCAGGCUGGUCUGGCCCCUUCAGCAGAGCAAGCAACUGGCUGUUCAGGCUCUCAGACCUUCCUCCUCCUUCCCCUCACUCGCCUGUGGGUUAUUAUCCGAGAGACGAGAUCCCCUACCUUGUUUUGACAAGCUGCCAAGCCUUCUCUGUGUCUCCUGUUUCUCCAAGGCUGCAUUUUACCUGUCAAAAUCUAAAACAAAAAUUGGUAGGUAGGUAGGCAGGCUCGGUUUGUUUUGUUUCUUUAAAAAGUACACUCACACAGUGGCAUCCGAGCAGAAAGUGUGGCCCUCUCUAGAUGGGUUUGGCUGUAGACUCGGGUGGAUCUGAGUGCUGCAGAUGUUAGUUUUUGGAACUAGCUUGAAAGGUGUGGGGUGCGGAGGGAGGGAGAGGGGGACAGAGAAAGAGAAAGGGAGGAAGAAUAAUGCGUGUGAGCGUGUGAGAGAGGGGGACCUUUUCUGACACCCGAAUAGGCCUUUCCUUGCAAUCCUAUGCUGUCUCUGACCUUCCUAGGGUCUGAUGCUACUUUUGAAGUCCUGGGCAGAGGAUUCAGGGGUCACUGUAGGGUUUAGGGCAGGGGUCACCAUACUUUUUCAGCAGGAGGCCAGUCCACUGACCCUCAGACCUUGAGGGGGGCCGGACUAUAUUUUUUGGGGGGGAUGAAUGAAUUCCUAUGCCCCACAAAUAACCCAGAGAUGCAUUUUUUAAAAAAAGGACACAUUCUACUCAUGUAAAAACACGCUGAUUCCCAAACCGUCCACAGGCUGGAUUUAGGAGGCGAUUGGGCCAGAUCUAGCCCCCGGGCCUUAGUUUGCCUACACAUGGUUUAGGGUAUAGUUGAAGGCUUUUGAGAAGCCCAGGUGACAUAUUCAUGGGGACUAGAUGCUUGUUGUUAUCAAAGUAAGGCCUACCCAGAAUUGGCACCUUUAAAUUACUGGAUCUAAGUUAGUCACAUGUAAUGAUUUUGGAAAUACAGUGGUACUUUGGUUCUCAAACUUAAUCCGUUCCGGAAGUCCAUUCCAAAACCAAGGUGUGCUUUCCCAUAGAAAGUGAUGCAAAAUGGAUAAAUCCGCUCCAGCAAUUUAAUAUGAAUUUUACUAUCUAACGAGACCAUUUGUCCAUAAAAUGAAAGCAAUAAACAAUGUACUGCAGUCACACAGUCAAUCUGUAGCUGAACUGGAUUCCACACAGUCACAAAAGCAAAAAAAAAAGAGCCGCAAAAACUAAAAUGCAUAAUAAAUAGCAAAAACAGACAGACCUCAACUAACACUCAAAACGGAAGUGUGGCACUCAAAUCAUCAGUGUAACACUCAAAACUUAGCACAUUCGGCUUCAAAAAAAAGUUGCAAACCGGAACACUUACUUCCAAGGGUUUGCAAUGUUUGGGUUCCAAGUUGUUUGAGUACUAAGGCGUUUGAGAACCAAGGUACCACUGUAUCCUUUUUCCAGACUGUUGACUCUAUUGGAUUUGUGUUUAUAAUUCAUUCUCUCUCUCUCUCUCUCUCUCUCUCUCUCUCUCUCUCUCUCUCAAUCUCUCUCUCUCUCUCUCUCUCUCUGUGUGUGUGUAUAUUUUAUACACACUGUGUGUGUGUGUGUGUGUGUAUAAAUAUAUAUGAAGAAAUUAAUGGACCUAAGUUAGUCAUGCUGAUUAAUUUCAGUGGGUCUGCUCUUGAGUAGGACUAAUGUUGGAUACAACCUUGUUGGCUGCCUUAACGACUAUAGGUAGUUCUUUCUGAUUUCCAAUUAUAGCGAAGCUCUUUGAAGGGGUCUCUUGCCUUUUCCACUGAGGAGUUUCUCCCUGGAGUCAUGGUCGGGCAGGAUCCUGACAACUCGUUAAUCCAAAAUAUUUACUGUGUGCAUUCCAGAGAGCAGUAAUAUAGCAAAAAAUAACAACAAUGCCAUAUUUACUUGAAUGUAAUGUGCACCUUUUUUGGCCAAAUUACGUUGUGGAAAUUUGGGGGCGCUUUAGAUUUGGUGGCACCAGCAAAUACUUUUUUGGUUUCAAGGUUUUGAAAACUGAGGUGCGCAUUAGAUUCAGUGGUGCAUUAGAUUCACGUAACAACAACAACCUAGGUCUUGCCAGUCCUAGCCCAACAGUCUUAACCCCUACACCAGGCUGACUCGGAGCAGAUCUACAUUUUCCUGAAUAAAACCCCCUCUUUGUGCCUUUCCUUUCCUUUCCAGGCUGCUGGUAGACCAAAGAAAAUCGCAGAUGACCCAAUGGAUGAUUAUCAGGAAGACCAGGAGCAAGAUCUUGUAUGAAAAACAGGUUCUUCUCUUUUCUCUGUCCCUCCCCAACUCUCAAACUUCUCUUGAGAAUAUGCCUUCAAGAAAAAUGCUAAUGCUGUUCAAAAUUCCCAGGCAUCUUUUUGACAUUUAAGGCAGGUUUCCUGGUCUAAAAAGUUACAGAUUUCAGCAGGAAGUUACAGGACGUGCGCCAGCUGAAAAUGAGGUGCCCCAGUAAGGGAAAAUAAAUAAUGGAAUCUCAGUGUAAAAAGGUGCCUGGAGGAGUCCUGGAGGAUUGCUCUGCUUAGUAAUCAGUUGGUUAAGCAGUUAACUAAGGAGUAGUGGAGGGUGCCCCACUAACCUUGGGCUUCCCCCAGCCAGCCCCCCCGCUGCCUGCCUUCUCCGUUGUCGGAUCUCCUUUUCCAGCCGUCCAAGUUGGUAGCUGUCACUGUUGGCAUGCGACCAAGGAAACGGGGGCAGCUGGCAGGCCCCCAUCUGGCUCCAGCCCACCGGCCGGUGUACCGGGCGAUCUCCAGUCCUUGGUGCAGCAUCUGUGACCCAAGCUUCAGAAGCUAGGGCACGCUACUCAGCAGAGUAAACACUACACAACAGAAUGGCAGGAGAAGUUGUGUGAGCAUAUUUACAAGCAGUUUAUUCAGCAUAAAGGUAAAGGGACCCCUGACCAUUAGGUCCAGUUGUGGCCAACUCUGGGGUUGCGGCGCUCAUCUCGCUUUAUUGGCCGAGGGAGCCGGUGUACAGCUUCCGGGUCAUGUGGCCAGCAUAACUAAGCCGCUGAGCCAGAGCAGCGCACGGAAAUGCCGUUUACCUUCCCGCCAGAGUGGUACCUAUUUAUCUACUUGCACUUUGAUGUGCUUUCAAACUGCUAGGUUGGCAGGAGCAGGGACCAAGUAACAGGAGCUCACCCCGUCGCGGGAAUUCGAACCGCCGACCUUCUGAUUGGCAAGUCCUAGGCUCUGUGGUUUAACCCACAGCGCCACCCGCAUCCCUUACAUACAUCAGGACAAAACAUCAGGACAUACAUCAGCAUACAUCAGGACAAAAGGAAAACAUGUCCGAUCUCCUUCGUGUCCAAAGCAAAACAGCAUAAGCAAAAGCUAUACACAAACGGAAGUUCCCAGCAUACUGUGCUGGAGUGUAAACAGACAUGUGACACACCACAACCAUGCCUGUUCCUUAAGGUGGAACGGAAUAUCCCAACAGUCACUGCCUCCUGCAGGAGCGAGUUCCACAGUUUAACGCCGCCCUGCAUCAAGGACUUUCUUUGAUCUGUCCCGAAUCUUCCAACAUUCAGCUUCAUUGGAUGUCUGGCAGUUCUAGGGAGAGAAAAAACUUCUCUCUGUUUCUCCACCCACUUUUGGUCACUUCGGUUUCCUUUCUCCUGAAGGAGCCCAGGGUGGCAAACACAGAAGCAGUCAAGCAUCUUAAGAACAAUUCCAAUACAGGAGCAGACUGGGAAGGAGCUCGACUUAAAAGCCUUGCUGGAGUAGGGAGGGCUUCGGCAGGUGCCCAAAAGACAGUGCCUGUCUAGUAUUUAAUGGGAGGGAGUUUCAAAUGAUGGGGCCACCACAGAAAAGGCCCAGUUCCUGUGUUGUGUGUGGUAUGGACCUCCUGAUAAGACGGCAUCACUUGGAGGAGGCCUUCACCUGCAAAGCAUUCAGGUAUUCUAGUCCCAAGCGGCAUAGGGACUAGCGCCUUGAACUUAGCCUGGUAGCUGAAGGGCAGUCAGUACAAGUCUCUCAGCAGUGGCAUAUCAUGAUGGUGAUGUCCUGCCUCAUUUAAUGCACUCUGAUUCCACUUUAACAGCCAUGGCAUCCUGGGAACUGUAGUUUAAGGGGAAUGAGAGUCACUAGGAGUCCCCUGCUCCCCUCACAGAGCUACAGUUCCCAGAGUAGUUUAACAAGCAGUCCCUCCUCUCAAGGAGCUCUGCAUGCAAAACGUUCUGGGUCCAAUUCCCAGACAAGAAUACUGAGCUAGAUGGGCCAAUGGGCUGACUCCAGGUAAGGCAGCUUCAUAUGCCCCUUUUAAAACCACCCUUUUAUUCCAACCAUGAGGACUAGAAUGUUGCUUCAUUGUUAAGGGAGGAGCCAUAGUUCCCCAAUGGCCCAGGUUCAAUCGCAGGCAUCUCCAGUGAGGACUGAGAAAGAUCCCUACCUGAAACCCUGGAAAGCUGCUGCCAGUCAGGGCAGAUAAUAUUGAGCUAGAUGGACCAAUAGUCUGACUCUGUAUAAAGCAUAGAAUCAUAAGAGCCGGAAGGGACCAUGAGGGUCAUCCAGUCCAACCCCCUGCAAUGCAGGAAUCUUUUACCCAAGGUGGGACUUGAACCCGCAACCCUGAGAUUAAGAGCCUCGUGAUCUACUGAGUGAGCUAUCCCAGCUGUAGCUUCGCAUGUCUUAAGAGAAGAGCUGUGGCUCGAUAGUAGAGCCUCUGCUUUGCAUGCAGAACGUCCAUUCCUCGGCAUUGGGAAUGUCAUCCCCCUGAAACCCCGGACAGCUGCUGCCAGUCAGUGUAGACAGUACUGCGCUAGACGUCCCAAUGGUCUGACUCGGUAUAAGGCAGCUUCUUACAUUCCCAACUGCUAUGCAUACAUGAUAGUUAGACUGGCGACCACUGUGCCGUUCACGCAGUGCCGCCUCCAUCCCAGCCCAUGAGCUGCACAAAAUGCAAAAGUGUUUCUCUGGCGGCAGCAAUGGCAGCAGCAGCAGCAGGCAUUCCUUCUCUUCCACCCCAAUUAAUCUGCCCAGCUAACAAGCCGAGGCAGCUCCCUGACCUACUUUCCAAAAUGCACGCCCCUGCUGUUCCCAAAGACAGGUAAUCUCCUUCCCCCACUGUCCCCCAAAUGCAAGGCACUUAGGAAGCGGCUUUUGAAUUUUUUAUAUUUGCCAUGCACUCUCACGACUUUCUUUUCCUGCUCUUAAAAAGGGAAAGCAACAGCAACAGAUCACAGUGGCAUUCUGUGGGUGUUUAUUCCGAAUUAAAUCUGCCAUGUUGCAGGGGAGGCCAGCCCAUUGGGGCAAAUGGGGGUUUCGCCUGUAUGUCUUCUACCUUACAACCAGUCCAGGUGAUGGCAACUGCCCAUCAACUUCCUCCUCCUCCUCUGUCUCAUUGAUGCCCCUUUCAGAACUUAGCAGGAAGGAUGGGGGCAAAGCAAAAAUUAAGUCGGCUCUGCUUGUCAUUGCCUCUGGCGCCACCUACUGUUAGGCUCCCUGCCUUCUGCCCUACCAGUCACCAUGAGCACCCGUCGCCACUGAUAUUCAGUGAUGUUGACUCCUGGGUGAGACUGGGAUUGCAGCCUUCAUUGCAGACAUCUGCUGAAGGAGCAACAGCUCUUCUGUCUCCCAGAAAUGAGCUUUCUGUGACUCUGACACACCCUGUCUCUGCUGCCAAGCACCCAAACAGGGAUUAUAUAAGAGUGGAAGAAGAGUGUGCCUGCUGGACCAUCUAGUAGUCCAGCAUCCUGUUUUCACAGUGGCUGACCAGAUGCCUUAAUAAUGUGCUCCUCCUCUGGUCCACCCUGAACCUCCCAUCAUUCAACUUCGUUGGAUGCUGCCUGGCUAUAGUGUUACGAGAUGCAGGUACUCCUGGUCUGGUUGUAAAUGAGACAGGAGACAGAUAGGGGGGUCAGCUUGAGGUUGGACUAGCUUAGCAGGUGUGCUCUGACUGGCAGCUGCUCUCUAGGUUUCCAGAACCUUGAGGCAUCUUUUCCAGCUACCAAUCCUUUUUUUAAAAAAAUAAAAGGACUAGAGAGGCCAGGGAUUGAACCAGGAACCUUCUACAUGCAGGCAGGUGUCCUAGAGUCUGCACCAUUUGAAAUGCCUGGCUUGCGCACCACAAUGGCUACUCCUAGCAUCUUCCUUGUGGGGUGGAUGUGUGUGUAGCCUCUCACCACCUUCCCUUUCUCUUAAGACAUUCAGUUCCUCUUCUGCUGCCCUUGCAGAGCUGCCUCCCAUUAGCAUAUCAAAAACAGCCACCUGCCACUGUUUCAAAAAACAGCGGAGCAAGCCCCCCAUGCCUAAGCAAAUUGGGAUAUGGAAUCAGGAGUGAGGAUGUUGGAGAAUUCUGAUGAAAACAGCAUGGAAGUGGAAAAUCCUUGAUGUUCCCUUAUUCGUUUCAGUGUCUGGGACGGAAAUCAAUUCGGCAGAUUUCGAUCAGUAUCCACCGUUGUUGUUUUCAGUCCCCAAAUGACGCGCAGUUCUUUCAACACGCACACCAACCAUUUGCACUGUGUUCCCUUUUUUGUAUCUUAAUGAACGGGCUGGAGUAACGCAAGGACAAUAUAAUUUCCUUCAUUAAUUACCUAAGUUGUGCUGUUUUGCCAUUGCGGACAGCGAGGCACACAGUGUGGGUUUCUUUUUUUGCAAAAGGUGAACCACUACAGAACGGAAACCGCGAGAUGGCGGAAUGGAAAAUGGUGCCUUCUUCCAUCUCUACCCCAGGAGAUGCAAGGACACUGAUUAGGUUCAUUUGAGGACAGUUUUCCUUUGUCUUUCUCACCAAGUCACGUCACCCCUCCCCUCCUCUUCCCCUCCUGCCUCAGAACAAAGUGACAAUGUUUACAGAAAAGAAACAACACCCAGAUGCUUAAAAUAGCUUUUCAAAGUCCACGCUCCUUUCCUUAAAACAUAAUAGAGAGAAGGCUCACAGGGCUGCAAAGGGCACAUUUCAUCGUGAUGAGGUGGAGAAAAUACCACCGAGACUGAGCCUGGCUUGUGCAGUGAUGCACAGCAGAAACUCCUAGAGAGGCAGCUUGAGGGCGGAGCCAACUGGUGCAUAGAUGUGCACCUGACCGUACUCCCCAGGUCAAGCAACUGCCUGAAAUUGAACGCUUGGCUCUCGGCGGGUCGCCAAUAUUCCUUGGAGGUUUUUAAACAGCGUGGUCAUCUGCCAGGGGUACUUUAGCUGCAAUUCCUAGAUGACCAUUGGAGUCCCUUCCAACUCGACCGUUAUUCUGUGAUUUGGGUUAUAAUCAUUGGCGGUUUUUAGUUUAGGGGGGUGAGGCAGGUGGGGGCAGGGGAGCAGAUGGUAAUAAUAAUAAUAAUAAUAAUAAUAAUAAUAAUAAUAAUAAUAAUUUUUAUUUAUAUCCCGCCCUCCCCAGCCGAAGCCGGGCUCAGAGCGGCUAACAACAGUAAAAUGAUAAAACAUUCUAAAAUCAUUUCAUUAUAAAAUUAAUUCCAUUCCGAUUAAUGGCAACCAUUGGACUAGAGUUCUGUGAGGAUUGCCAAAGGAGGGAGUCAGGUUGUGCCUUGGCCAAAGGCCUGGUGGAACAGCUCUGUCUUGCAGGCCCUAGUCUCUUGUGACAGAGCGUUCCACCAGAUCGGGGCCACAGCCGAAAAAGCCCUGGCUCUAGUUGAGGCCAGCCUAACCUCCCUGUGGCCUGGGACCUUCAAGAUGUUUUUGUUUGAAGACCGUAAGUUCCUCUGUGGGACAUACCAAGAGAGACGGUCCCGUAGGUACGAGGUAGAGGGAUAUUAAAAAAAUAUGCACUGUGCAGAGAAAGGGAAUAGGAAACUUAAGAGGAAUUCAUGGCUGUCAGUGGCUGCUAGCCACAAUGGCUAUGCCCUACCUCUGCUGUCUGGAAUCGCAGGUGAGAAGAGCGCUGUUGCUCUCAUGAGCUGCUUGCAGACUUCCAACAGGCCUCUGGUUGGCUACUGCAAGGACAGGAUGCAGGAAUAGAUGGUUCAUCAGCCUGAGCCGGCAGACAGUCUAUUCCUUUGGGGUUUUUUAAUACAAAUUUAAGUCAUAAAUAGAUAAAUGUUUGGUGCAGAUGUAUCUUUGGUCUCACUUCCCGAUUCCCCCUCAGAAACAAACAAACAAUAACUGAGCACUUUCCCCCCUUGCCCAAUAACAGGAAGAUCAUGGAGGUGAAGUAGACGAUGCUGAUGAUCUGGAACUGGCCCAGGAACCCAGAGGCCGAGUGGAAAGAGACUACUAA